AUGUCAUUUCCCUCGCCAUACAGCAUUUACCAAUGGCUGCGAGGUGUCAACCCCGCUACCAUCACAGAUGAUCAAGUUCCAGCCACCAACCUCGUCGGAAAAUGGGUCAUUAUCACUGGAUCCAACAACGGUGUUGGCUUUGAGACUGCCAAGUCCUUCGCGGCAUCGGGUGCAAACAUAAUCCUUGCUUGUCGAGAUCCACCCGCGUGGGAACAGCAUCCUACCGCUGCCGUGCAAGAAAUCAAGGAUCUAGCCGAGGCACAAGGCCACCAGUCGACUAUCGAAUGGUGGAGUAUUGAUAUGGCGGAUCUCCAGAGUGUCGACUCCUUCGCCGAAAGAUGGCUGCAAUCUGACCGCGCUUUGGAUAUUCUCUGUAAUAAUGCUGGUAUUGCGGCAGCUCCUCCUGAACGCCAAUUGACCAAGGAUGGCUUCCAUUUCGUUCAUCAGGUUAACUUCCUCUCACAUGUUCUGCUGACGCUCCGCCUCCUGCCGUCCAUAGCGCGUAGCGUACAGCCACGCAUCGUUUGCACAACAUCCUGCACUCACCACGUCGCUCCACUGGAUCUCGAUCACUUCGACUGUGGUCCAGGUAUGAUUGGAGAUCCUUAUUGGAAUAACAAGCUCUGGCUCCAAAUUUGGGUCAUGGAAAUGCAAUCCCGGUUCCUCAAACUCCCAGAGUACCUCCACAUCACCAUCAACGGGGUUCAUCCUGGCUUUGUUGCUUCUGGAAUCUGGGAAUUCUUGACGGAUGAAAGUUUCAUUGAACGAGCUCUCACGUUCCUUUUGAGAUACUUGGCUAUUGACCCAAAGCAGGGUAGCUAUGCUAUCGUCAAUGCUGCCACUAACCCGGUAUUUGGACCGAACCUGAAAACACAGGGUAUUGGAUCAGAGGAGGGGCGAGGAGGAGGCAAGUAUAUCAAUCGAAUUUGGGAGGCGCUGCCGAAGGCAUGUUGUAAUGACCCCGAGGCAAGGGCAGGAGUGUGGAAAAAGUUGGACGAGGAGCUUCAGCUUGAGCAGAAAGGCCUUUUGGCGAUAUUGGGUCUUUGA